CGUAUAUACGAAUUUGAUCAUGUAUCGCUUUUACUUCAGACAUAUGUAUAGCAAACAAAAUGCAGUUAUUACUCGUUGUUUAUAUAAUCUAAUUAAAUUAUACACACGUUUUUUAGAUCAUCUGUCACAUAAACCAGAUCCAUCAGUACCCCUUAAUAAGUGCGAAGAGUUUCACUGUAUGUUCAAAGCAAACUUUGGCAAUCACUCGUUACUAUACGAUGCAAGAAUGAAUGCCAUUUCUUCGCAACAGACUAUAACGGAUACGCUUAUUGGCAAAACUUUUGAAUGGAUCGGAUUGAAAACGUUUCGCAUGCGUAGUAGAAACAUGCAUAGCACCCCUAGCAUUGUAUCAAAGUGCUGGAGUACGAAUUACUUGGUGGAUACAAAUAGAAUUGUAGUUAGAUUUAGGGAUGCAACUAACAUAGUGAAAGUGAUAAAGCCCGGUGUCCACGAUGCAAGAACUGUGUCCAAGUUUCGAUUUAAGCCAAUCAACUUGCAGCUCUUACAGAAAAGUAGUAGUUUUAUUGGCUUAAACCGAAACUUGGACACAGUUCUUGCAUCGUGGACACCGGGCUUUAAGGAAUAUUCCAUGGAUGAUCUGCUUAAGCUUUCAAAGGUAUUAAAUAAUUAAAAUGUAAAAAAAAUUGUAUAACGAAGUUUAAGCAUAUACUAUUAAUAUGAAAUUACCUACUGCAGUUUUACUGUGACACGAAAAAGUGCAAAGGGUUCUUGAAAAUUUUCCUAGACAAAGUCAAAAGUAUUGUCACUAAGGAUCAUAAAU